AUGGAUGCACCGCCGGUCGACGACUGCUGCUCUGUGUGCCACGACAGAUUUACGCUGCCUUGCCAGGCCAACUGCUCCCACUGGUUCUGCGGUGAGGCCUCUCUUGCCCUUCUGAUCCUUGCCGAUGAAAAAUGCCAUCGAGCAUCUUGUGCCCGGGCCUUGCGAUUCGCGAUCCUCUGGACCGUGGGGUGGUUCGCGGCUGUGUUUAUCUUGCAACCCGCCAGUGGGAUCUGGAGAUCGAGGAAACAUGAAGCGACUCGCUGUUGCUCCACUUUGUUCCUUAAUCUCUGUUUUUUUUUUCUUUCCAUGCCUCUAUUUGACAACGGUGAAAGGAGAAUUUUCCUGGGAACGAAAAUUAUUUUAUUUUCUAGUCUCAAGAUUUCUGAAUUCGGAGACUUGGUUCGAUGAUACUCUAAUAUAUCUAACCAAUGGUAAUCACAUAAGAACACGAUGUACCAAAUUUAAGAGUAAAUGAGCUUUUAGUUCGGGACUAACGAACUAAUUGCCUUGUAUAAAUUUUUAAUAAAUUAAUUAUCUUUUCUCUUGUACCUUUUUGAGGAAAAAAAUGACAAGAAAGCACGCCUGUUUCCACGUAGUCUGACCAUAAUUUUCAACCCGGAUUACUCUUCUCUUUCCAGACGGAAGGACCGACUGCAGAUAGAACAUCUGAUUGUACUUAUACCAAGGCCGAAGUUUUGGACUAGGAAACCUUUGUUCCCGGUAGAAUCCAAGAUUUCCGCCAGUUGUAACAUUAUUGUGAAAUAGAUAUCCUAAUUAAUAAUUAUGACCUGAGAAAGUAUGCAUCUUACUAUAUUGGAAUAUGGUUUUCACGUGAAUCUUUGUUUCAGGACAGAGUUGUUUUUGUGGAUUUUCGCUGAGAAUGUAACAAGAGGCAUUCUCUAGCUUGGCGGAUAUCAUACCCAGUAUUUUAUUUUACUGUAAUUUUUAUCGUCACCUAAUUUUAAUUUUAAAAUAUAUUAUAUCAAGAAUCGGAAACCAUCCACUGACGCCUGUUUGAUCCCCAUGUUGCUUCUAAAUGGGGUGUUAUGUGUCAAUACGAACUGUCGUGUUCCAUGAAAAUUAUUUCAUGUGAAUGGAUAUGAGCGUUUCCCAUGGCAUAUCUUAUAUCAAAUCAUAUCAAUUCAAUCUAGAACUGGUUCAGAUUUUUAGUGGUCGAUUUCGAGAUGACUGGAUGGGAUUCGUCCCAGUUUAUUUCAUCAAAACUUUAGGCUGAUGUUUCCAUGCACGCUUUAUAUGUUUUAUCAAUCAUCAUUCCAAGUUAGGAAAUCCAUCCAAUGCCUGCAUCGUAUCAGUGAUAACUGUCCAUAAAUAGCUGUGAAAGUCUGUCAUUGGAGCGUUAGCUCUCAGGAAUUACGUUUAGUUUGGGAACCUGCUAUAUUUUUUAAUCAUUUUGAACUAUGUAACUAUGCAGAAACUUCAUGUUCGAGAUAAUUAGAGUGCCAUGUUGAGGUUGCCAACAUCCAAGCCGUCUCCAAUUGAUAGGAAAGAGAAAACAUCUAAAUAUCCUCAACAUGAAUGGAAGAUAACGAUUAAAGAAGUAGUUAGAGCUGUAGUUUUUAUAGAAAUUAAAGGAAAUGGUUGAGAAUGAUUUUUCUUUUUUCCUUUUUCUUUUUCUGUAGAAUUGCCAAGCUAGUCAGUCCGUUAAAAUUCCCUAAUAAAUCAUUAACUAACUCAAAACCAUGGGAACUAGGUCGUGUACAGUUUUUUUUUCUUCUACUGGUUUUAAGCGCAGGUAAAGGUUUUUACAUCAAGAAAACAUAUGAUCAUGAUAAAAUUUUCUGUUACUCUACCCAUGUAGUUCAGUGUUUAUUGCUAUUUCAGAACAGUCGAAGGUCACAUGUAAUCUUCUUGGCAGUAACCCAAGUGUAGUAGACAACAUGGAUAUGAAGAUGGUUAUGCUUGUAAUAGGCUACGUGAUAAGAAAAAGGUCAUUAUUUAGGGAAAGAAAUAGUUCACAGAAUUAAUUCCCAUUCACCACAGGAGGUUUCAUAAUUCAUUUUUAGGUGGAGAUGCGUGCAAAAAUGUAUAUUGUUAAAAUCACCAAAUGCCGGCCAAUUUUUUAUUGGUGUUUACCAUAACGGGCAUGCAAGUGCUGAUAGAAAUGUAUUCGAACAAGUGCAUGAUAAGCAUGGGUGUGAUGUGAGAAACGAUUCUGAAAAGUUAGCAUACAACUGGUGUGUAUCAGAGAAUCUUUUUGAGAACGACUAAAAAAUUCUGAAAACAAGUGAUGUAAAUAUUCCUGUCACGUUCUCUCUCUCUCUCUCUCUCUCUCUCUCUCUCUCUCUCUCUCUCUCUCUCUCACCUCAGAUGGUUGGAAAAGCCAAAGAUAGCAAGCCCAUGUUGCAGAAGUUGUUAAGGCUUCAUUCUAAAUUUAAUGUACUGGGAUAUGAAAUUUUCAUAUUUGGGAGUAUGUGAAGUAGACAUGUUAUCAGGCAAUGACGAUUUUUUUUCCAAAUUCCAAAAUUGUAUGCAUUGGAUUUUCCAUUCGAUGGCUUAUCUACUUUUAUCAACUUUAUUUUUAGUUUUUAGAAGGAUCCUUAUUCGCUCGUCUGUGUAUGCUGUGUAUCCCAUCAUAGGUGAAUGCAUUCUCCGGGUUUGGCACCAUGGAUUUACACUCCAACCAUGCAAAUGCCCCAUCUGUCGGCGCUCGAUUACUCUGCUGAUACCCUGUCAAACUAUACGAUACCAACGCCGAGAACCAGAAGUCAGCCGGGUUCUGGAUGAAGUUCAACGAUAUAACCGUCUUUUUGGUGAUACUGCACCAGACCUCAUUCAGGUAGUUCCUGGGCACGAUAAUAAUUGGAGCGCUAACAUAGCCUGUUGUAUAUAGUUCAUUAUUUUCCCUGUCAAACUGUAUCUGCUAAGUCUUCCCAUCCCUUUGUUCGCCUUCCCUUGUGAUUCCUGGCCUGAAGGUCCUGCUGCGGAGGAACUACUUGAACUUGCGUCCCAUUUUCGUUGUUAUUGCUAUAUGCUGCCACUGUUCUUGCCAUGGCAGGAAUUUGCUUCUGAUGCUUCUGCAGUUGAUAUCCAUUUUAAGUAAGGUUUUUAUUAUCUCUUUUAUGUAUUUACAAGAUCAUCGGCCUCAGAGUGACAAAAUUGAGGAAGUAGCCUCCAUAAAGAGGUUCUGAUGAUAUGAAAAAGUGAGUGAGAUGGCAUGAAAACAGUGCAAGUGAUGAGAAAGGAAAGGUUUUGGGUUUUUGUGAUCUUACCACGGCGAACCCACAUAAAUACCCCCUUUAUCAAAGAUAGAUUGGUCCUAUGCCUUCACGGCAUUGUACUAACUGAACUAUAUAUAUAUAUAUAUAUAUAAAUAUGCCAUGGUCUGGAUGUCUGAAGUCUCUCUCUCUCUCUCUCUCUCCCCUUCUUCCUGCAGAGGUUCCGGGAUGUUCCAUUCUUCCUUCGAAGACUGGUGGGGGAGCUGAUGGAUCCUCAUCGAUCUCUUCCUGUUGUUAUCAGGACCCGGAUGAUUAUUGAGGUAAGUUCGUCUCACAGAUGCCACAGAAAUCUGUGAAGCUCGAGGCUGAUGAAACUCCAACUGGGUCUCCUCAUAAAUACCAUAAUAUAUAAGAAUAUUCACCACCCUGGUAAUGUCUCUCAUUUAGCAUGGUGACUGCUGCAGGUGCUGCUGAGUUUUCUCUACCUUGUGAGCCCCAUGGACCUUCUUCCAGAAGGUACUCACUCCAUCCACAGCUAGACCAUUCUCUUUGAAUCAGCCUAACCCUCUUCCUCUUCCCAUGUCGUCUGCAGGAGUGCUGGGCUUCGUCGGUUUCAUUGAUGAUAUCUUCGUCCUGCUCGUCGCCUUCCUCCACCUGUCUGUUCUCUACCGGUCGGUGCUCGUCUCCCGCCACAGUGGCCGUUGA